CUUCACUGUACAUGCUGUACUCAGCCGUCCUAUCGUACUCGCAGCAAUGUCUUGUUGAUUGUUUAGACUUCCUCCUCGGAUCCUGUCACCUUCCUCAUGUCCUUCUAGGCCUCGGUUUCCAUGGCUGAGAGUGUAACAGACGAAGUGCACUCCACGUUUAGAGAGUAGCCUAUUGUGUGUCACUGGGAUGCUGGAUGCAGAAUUGAACCUUCCGACGCGGUCUUGAGUUUUGAAAACCUUUUUGACUUGCUCUUUUUGCACUAUUGCUGUUAUCCCUUUGAACUAGUGCAGUGGUUUCAGCAGCGUCUUAAUGUUGCGAUGAGCUUGGUUGCUUCUGAUAGAUUACAUGCAGUAGUGAAAUUGUGCAUUGUGAUCUGUCGCCAUCGAUACGUGGAACCCGGCAUUCGUGAAUGUUGAACUUUUACGCGGGAAAUGGACAAGGCUGUGGCAUUAAAUCUUUUCACAAUGUACAGUCGUCAUGGAAUUUGGAACGUUUGUGCCACAAGAACGACAGUGAAAUUGGAAUUUUAAGUAAUCCUUACGUGUCGAGUAUGGGAUUGUGCCGGUAUCUCUAAAUUGGUAAUGUGUCGAGACUUUUCAUCCCAGAGAAUUGAUAUGGUUUGAAGGUGAUCCUAAAUUGCCAGUCAAUAUCUUGGAAGUUCAACUUUAUGGAGAUUGUCUCCUUCGCAAUUUGACAGUGACUGUGCUUGUCGUUAUUUUCCAUAUGAAUAAGCUUGAGUACACGAUUCCUACCUCACGCAGGAUGAUGUACCAUUAACGUCCCGGGGGAUGUUUGUAUUGUGGAAGCAUGUUUUGAAGAAAUUGUAAAGCAAGUGAUUGAAAUUGGAGAUAGUUUCUAAUUCCAUGGCAAGCGAAGAGCCAGUGUCAGCUUCAGCUUCUGCUCUGAUGUCAACAAGCAAACGGCAGCAGAUAGAUAGCUUGAGCAUUCUCCUCCAGAUCUCAAUGCUGGGAUUGGCUUUUGUGUUUGGACAUAUUCUGCGCAGGCAUAAAUUCUACUACCUGCAUGAAGGAAGCGCGUCGCUCCUUAUUGGCCUUGUGGUAGGUGCCCUUGCAAGAUUCACGUAUCCACAAGACAGAUUCAGCAACUGGUUCAACUUUCACGAGGGAUUCUUCUUCCUGUUUUUGCUUCCUCCGAUUAUCUUCGACUCUGGUUUCAACCUUCAACCGGGGCCGUUUUUCUCGAAUUUUGGAGCAAUAUGCACGUUUGCAAUCCUUGGAACACUCAUAAGCGCGAUGGUAACAGGUGGAUUUGUGUAUCUUGGUGGGCGGCUGUCUCUUGUGUACAAGUUACCCCUUCUCGAAAGCUGUAUCUUCGGAUCCAUCAUUUCAGCAACAGAUCCAGUCUCUGUACUGGCGGUUUUCCAGGAGCUUGGGACGGAUGUGAACCUAUACGCUCUCGUGCUAGGCGAGUCCGUAUUGAACGAUGCGGUGGCGGUGUCGUUAUAUAGGAGUUUGGUGUCGGUGCGUCAAAAUCUGUCAGCAAGUUACAAUGUCACAAUUGCUAUUAUAAGGUUUUUUAUCACCUUCCUGGGAUCCCUUUUCUCAGGAGUUUCGGUGGCGCUUCUUUGCGCAUUGUUAUUCAAGUUUGCCGGAUUGCACGUUCACAAAUUGCAGCACCUAGAAUGCUGCCUGAUCGUGCUAUUUCCAUACUUUGCGUACAUGUUUGCGGAAGGUUUAGGCCUCUCAGGAAUUGUUGCGAUACUCCUCUGCGGCAUUCUUAUGAAACACUACACAUUUCCAAACCUUUCGGAAAGUGCUCAGUCCUUCACGGCAGGCUUCUUUCAUCUCAUAGUGUCGUUGGCCGAGACUUUUGUAUUUAUGUAUAUGGGUGUGGACAUUGCAAAUGAGCGCCACAGCAACUGGUUGCACAUCAGCUUCAUCCUCUUUUCGGUUGUUAUAUUAGUGGUGGCAAGGGCGAUCAAUGUAUAUCCAUUGGCAUACUGCAUCAAUAAGCUCCGAAGCGCCUCCAGGAAAAUACCAAUUCAACACCAGAAUGCUUUAUGGUUCAGUGGAUUGCGAGGAGCAAUGGCAUUUGCUUUGGCGUUACAAUCAGUCCAUAACUUUCAGGAUAGUCAUGGCCAAGUUAUUUUCACCACAACUACAACUAUUGUCAUACUAACAGUGCUUGUUAUUGGAGGCUCCACGUCAACAAUGCUGGAGAACCUGAAUCUAAACAAGGAGAAAGAUGAAUACUCAAAAGUAUCUAUUGUUGAGGAUGAGCAAGAGAGUAUGCUAAAUACUUCUAAUGAAGAGUUUGCAGCAAACUCCACUCGGAAUCAUGAUCUUAAAUCAAAGUUCCACAUUCUCCGCAAGAGCACCUCCUUCAAAGAAAUAGACAUGAAGAUCUUAAAGCCUUUCUUCACGACAAGCAAGAGUGAUUCCAUGCUUGGCCUUCAUACGGAAGAUUUUCUUCAAUAUCACACGGAAGGUCGGAACAAUGCGAAACUUGGACACGCCAAAAGUGAUACUGCCAUGGUCCUAAACUGAAUCAGCAUUAUCAGCUACAAGUCGUCGGAACAGGGCAAAACAGUCCUCCAAGCCACACGGCUGAGAACAUCUACAACUCCAUCACUGAAUGACCCAUGAGCGGUAUUCUCAUUACGUUCAGAACAGGGAUGUUGGCCAAAAGAUGUAUAAUCUUUUGAUCAGUAACCACUAGAUGUACACUACUUAAAACGAUCCUGUAACUGCCAUUCAAGCAUAAGUGCUAGAAUUUGAGCAGCAGGGUUCAAAACGAACUUAGAUGAAGCGCUAAUGAUACAACACCGAUGUUGGCUUUCUUACAGUAUGAAUUAAUACAUUGAAGAUUACUACAGUUUGUGAAAUUGAAA